AUGGCUUUUAAAUUCAUUGCAAUUCUCGCUUUGAUCUCCAGCGCCACAGCUGGUAUUAUCAACCAAAACUACCAUCAAGGAGGACACUCCGACAACUCUUACUCUCAUGGUGGCUCAUCUCACGAUAUCUCCUCUGGAUAUCACGGUGCCAGUUUGAGCCACGGAUCGUCCCUUGGACAUGCCAGCUAUGAACAUUCUGGUCAUGGAUCGUCUCUCAGCCAUGGAUCUUCUCAUGGACACAUUUCGUCCCUCGGAUCAUCAUCUCACGGAUCUUCUCAUGGAUUGAGCCACGGAUCUGGAUUAUCUCAUGGAUCAUCUCUCGGCGGACACUCCAGCCACGGAAACUACCAUCACGAAGAAGAACACCAUGCCCCAGCUCACUACGAAUUCUCCUAUGAAGUCCAUGAUGAUCAUACCGGAGACAUCAAGAGCCAAAAGGAAAGCCGCGAUGGCGACAAAGUCGAAGGAUUCUACACUCUCGUUGAGCCUGACGGUCACAAACGUACCGUACACUAUUCCUCGGACAAACACAGCGGAUUCCAAGCCAAGGUCGAACGUGAAUUCUUGGGAGAACAAUAUGUCCAACAUCACCAACAACACCACAACAACAACAACAACAAACACAACAACUACCACGGAAACCAACAUCAUGGAAAUACCCACUAUGUCUCCAACUCACAUGGUACCUCCUCAGCUGGAAACAGCCAUGGACACUAUGACUACCAUCAUUAA